AUGUCGACGACUACAUCAAAUCACUUGCAUUUGUACAAAAAUACUGGUCGAUGUUCAGCACUGAGGAAUGCACUCAAAAUGAGGUGUGCUGAAAAACUGCGCGAAAAGAGACUCAAGCAGUUCAAUUCGCGACGAGAUCUUGAACACGUAGUGCGAGAAACGGUUACUACCGAGAUGAAGUCUGAAUUUGCCGACUAUGAUCCUGACAGAUUGUUGGAGCUUUACGAAUCAAUCACUAAAGCCCUUCUCCAGGAAGAAUAUGAUGACAUGCAAAGGAUGGAAGAUGAGCAGUUAGCAGCAGAUGUGGAAGAGUUUCUAAACCCACCAGUAUACUGCCCAUCCUGCUUACGUUCACCAUUGACCGUGGACACGCGGUCAGCCACAUGUCAGAAUUGCCAUUUUCGACAUGAGUUUAACACCGAACGUACUCCGCCUACUCAAUCCGAGCUGAGAAGAUUACUCUCAGAAGGAUUUCUCACUCAUGAAGCAACGGAAUGCGGAACGCAACCGCGAGCCGUGCAGCGCGAUGGCCGACUAGGGUUGUAUUGCGACGAUUGCGAGUCUUCUAUGUGCCUCUUUCAAUUUGAAUAUCUCAAAUUGCUUUAUCAGUCAUCUUAUCUCUAG